AUGGAAUAUUCAUUAUUUAGUUGUGCGUUUUACAUUGUUCAGGUGUCAUUCAAUCUAUGUUGUAUUGGUGAUGGUCAUAUUAUCAGUUCUCUGUCAGCAGAAUUUUCCUGGGUGCAAGAGCACUAUUAUAAAGCGAGUUAUAAUAUUAUAUCUGUAGAUUAUUUAUGUCCCUUUUCUUCUUUGGAGUUCUUUUAUAUGUGGUGGAGUUCUUGUCAGUCCACCAGUAUUUCUCUGCAUCUAGUCUGUGAAAGUCAGUUUGGUCACUUCUGGGCAGUGCUGUUGAGUCUAUCAACCUUACCUAGCAUGGACUCAUCCAUAAUGCAUUGA